AUGACUGGAGAUGGUGGCAUGGAUGAUGGUGCGAGCAGGACUUCGAGAGAUUCUGGGAGUGAUAUAGGCAUUGGCAGAACUUCAAGAGACAUAGGUGGCGAUGAAGGUGUCGAUGGCAAUUCGGGAGUUGGUGAUGAAGGUGGCAAUGAAAGUGGCAAUGGAGGUGGCAAUGGCAAUUUGGGAGGUGGCAAUGGCGAUGCUGGAGGUGGUGGUGGUGGUGGUAAUUGGGGAAGUUUUGGUAGUAGUCUGAGGCGGUAUUUCGAGUAUGAUACUCUCAUCAGUUUUCUAGCUGGUUUAAAUAGGGAUGGACACAUAAAAUCGAGAGGAGAUUAUGUCUGA